GACACGCAGGAGGCUCGCCAUGGUGCACACACACCCGACACUCACACACCAGGAGGAGCUCAACAGGACAGACGGCACCCCUCCUGUGGAAGAGACAGCUCUGUGGAGCCUCAGCUACCCAAGUUUGCUUACUGCCUGGCCAGGCAUCGGUCGCAGCAAGCCCAAGGAUCAGCUGGACCCUAAUGUGAGGGACUGGGGAGACUAUUCAGACCUCCCUCCAGGGAUCGAGCAGGGGUUGGGGUUGGAGGAAGAACAUGUAGACAACAGACGAGUCGUAGAGUCAUCAUUGAGCCUGGCUCCAGAGCUGGAUUUCCUGGCUGACUUUGCAGGUAAAAAGCGACUGUGGGUGAUAACAGCCCCAUCACACAAUGACAACUACCUUCGUAUGAUGGAAAAACAGCUGGAAGACAUGGAGCAGAAAGGGUUAAAUUGCCGUCUCGCAGAAAGAGACACAUUCAUCAUCACCAUCAUCCAGAACGCAAUGAUGGAAGGUCGAGUCCAGAAAACAACUUUCCAAGGAGAGGCCACAGUAGAGAGCCUGGACUCUGACACAGUUAGCAAACUGCUGCACUACCUGGAGCUAACCGGCCAGGAGGAAGGGUUCACCAUGCUGGUUAUGAAGAAAAACCUUCGGGUCAGCGAACGCUUCCCGUAUCCGGUUCGUGUAGAGGCGAUUUUGGAGCUCAUUGAUCAGUUCCCCGUGAGGAAGCUGGAGAAAAUGACCAGAAAAGGAUCCAACUUGAGGUGCAGAACCUCUAAAAAAAAGGUUGUGAUGAAAAGGAAAAUGACGAAGAAGAAGAUCGUACUGAGCCCUCAGAGGCGAGGGAAUGUAACUUCAAUUAUGGCAAUACAAAGAAAACCUCCUCUGGACAAAAAAGCUGCCCUGAAGAGUAAGAUCCAGGACAUACUGAGUGGACGGUCAAGGUUUGUUAUCCGUAAGGUGCCUACAGUGGGGUCCACGAAGGGAAAGGACUUGAGCAGUGGUAGUCGGGCCACUUCUAACGGACAAGAAAAAGUGCACAGCCCUUCACCUGCUCCACCUGUGUCAAAGAGCAAUGAAGAAGUAAAGAAAGUCAGGCCUGACCCCGCUGUGGAAGAAGGGAAGAGAAGACAUGGAGAGAAAAACAGAGAAGAUAAAAAAGAGCAGAAUGUAAAGGAUAACACACAGGAAAAGCAGAGCUCCAAGAGAAAGGGUAAAGGGAAGAAAGGGAAGAAAGGGAAAGGAAGAGGGAAAAAGUCCAACAGAGAGGCCAGCGAGAAGGAUAAAGCAGCCCUGAAGGAGUUUUUGGACAGUUUAAAGGGCAAAAGAAGGUUAAUGUUGAUCGCAACGCCCAGCAGAGAUGCAACACUGUACAUCCAGCAGAGGGACGACAACGACAAGCAACACUGUGACCUUGCAAUUAGGAAGAUCACUGUGGCAACCAUUGUGGGUGAAGGAAGUCACGCCUCGCUCACGCUGCAACACCACCAGCUCGAGUCGGAGCCUCCACUCAGUGACCAAUCGGAUCGUUUCUCAGAUUCAGGCCUGAUCUCUCUGUUGAGAGCAGAGCUCGGCCUGUCGUCCCCUGACCUCUUUUCCAUGACUGUCACAGACUACGACAUUAAGCCCAGUAGAGUCUUUGAGGCUCCUCCAUCAGGUCCUGCUCUGUUCGAGUACAUUGACAACUUUCCCUCAAGGCGCUCAGAAAAAGAGAAGGAAAGGAGGAGUCCUCUGUCCUGCUCCAAUGGCAGGCAAAAUCCUGGAGCUGAGAAUUCACUGCUCAGGUUCAUGUCUAAGAGGAGACUGCUGCUCAUCUCCGCUCCAUCUAAGGACGACUACUUCUUCCAGCAGCAGCUCUCUGCUCUCAGCGGACAGGAGUGUCACCUGGGUAUUCGCCACUUUGCCAUGUUGAAGCUGACUGGAACUGGAGACAAAGCAUCAGGAACUGUUGAACUCUUUCCCCUAAAUGGGCGUAGUCAGAGUGAGGUGGAGCCGUUAUCCCGGGACAUGGUCAACAAUCUGAGAGAACAGCUGAAGAUCAGUAAGGACUACUUCAGCAUGCUCGUUGUGGGGAAGGAUAGCGAUGUCAAGGCGUGGUUCCCGUCACCCAUGUGGUCCCUGGAUAACAUCUACGACCUGGUGGACUCCAUGGAGCUGCGCCACCAGGAGGAGAAGCUGCAGAAGAGACUGGGGAUCCACUGCCCUGAGGACAGAGGGAGAGGAGGCAGUGAGGGGGGGCCUUAUCACGGCUACGACGAAGACGGGCUGGAUGAGACGUACUUGUAUCACCGGUCAGAGGAAUAAUGAGACAAGAGGAAGAAGAUUCAGUUGUGUAAAGAAAGCAAGCUCAUAAACAAAGACCUUGAAAACUUAUCUGCAAGACUCACAUGAGCAGGACUCACAUCUUCACAGACCCACAAUUAUUAAGCUGUAUAUUUUAUAUUUGCAUAUAAUAAAUUUCAAAAGCAGAGAAGAAAAUAUUGAAAUGGUUUUAUUGAAGAAAGUCUCCUUAGGUGGGGUUGUAUGAGGGCCUUAUUCAUAGUUAGUGUAUUACCUACAGUAGAUGGCAGUCGACAUGCCCCCAGUUUGGAGAAGCAGGCAGUACUGCAAAGCAAUGUACUUCUGAGGAGGGGUCAGCAGCAAAAUGUAUUUUAGCCACCUAAAAAAAAAAAAGAAUAUUAGUUUAAAAGUACCCUAUAUUUAGUCAGACAGCCCUUUCUGACAGGAAACUGAAGCUGUUAUACUGCUCUCUCCAAAGCCACACUCCAUUGACAAAAACAGUAAUUUAACAUUGCUGAACACAGGAGCUGCUGGUCUACUGCUGCUUUGAUCAGAUAGUUUGUUUGUGUUGUUGUGUGACUUAGGUGUUUAAAAGGGAUAGUUUGAAUUCACAAAAGCCACACAAUGACGCAAAUAAACUAGCUGAUUGUGGCAGUGGUAGAUCUGCAGCCCCCAUGUUCAGCAAUUAAAAUUAAUGUUUUUGUCAAUGAAGUCUGGUGGCUUUGAUGAGAGCGUAGAUGGGGAACUGAAGCCAUUAACGGCUUCCCUGUCACAAAGCGCUGUCUAUGUCCAGGUAAGGCAGUGAAAAUAUUAUAUAGCAUACAUUCACACUAGAUUUUUUUCAGGUGGCUAAACUAUGUUUUGCUGCUGCCCCCAUCCACAGCAAUACACUGCUUAGCU